UUUGUCUAUCUUAGUCUUAGAAUAUGUCACUUGUUCAUUUUUCUUCCAUGUUAGAUGCACAAUCCAAUUGCAAAAAUGAUGUGCAGCGUUUAAUUUCCUUUUAAGGUAUCACUGAUACUGGUUGCGUUCAUCUAAUAAUGCUAUUUUGAUGUGCUUUUCAAGAAUCUCUUCUGAUAACCAGUUGCUUCUUCAUUUUACUGUUGAAGGAUUGGAGCCCUGUCCUUCCCUUUAUUAAGGAUACUGUCACAAAUCUCUGGGCAGAAAGUAACUCUGAUAUGUCUGUGAAUCAUGAGAUCAGGAAAAAGAGGUGCAGGGCCCGGAGUUGCAAUCCUACGCUUGAGCUUCCUUCCCCGCAGCCAAAGAAACUAACUGAAGAGUACUCUGUCAGGAGAGAGAUUCAAUCUUCGCAGAAUAUUCUGUGGGGAAGUGCUUCUGAAAAGCAUGAUCCUGAGUCCAGAUUUCUCUGUCAGACUGAAAGUUCAAAUCGGUCAGUUGAUGGAUCUACUGGUCAUUGCACAAUGGGUGUGAACUGGAAAUCCAGAAGCUCUCCGCAGCCUUUUUCAUCUAAUGUUUUCUCUAUAGGAGAUGAUUUCCCGGAGAACAAAUUCAAUUCUCCAGCUAGCUCCAGUCAUAAAUCAGACUGCCAGUUAGGUUCAGGAUGGAAGGAUGAGUGCCUAACAAUUGUAGCUGGCUCAUCAGAGGAAGCCUCGUUUAUGGAGUCUCUUGAGCUUGAUUAUAGUUCAAAUGUGACACAUGACAGGAGGAAACCAUUUAUGCAAAGUUGUUCUUCGCGUAGAAGCCAGAUACAUGAUGGAGCAUCUUUUGAUAGUGAUGAAGAUAUUAAAUUUAAAAUAAGUGAUUACGGAAUUAAACGAGAUAUCCUUGAAGAUGAUUACAGUGUUAAAUUUGAAGUAGUUGAUGUUGUUAACCAGGUCCUAGAUCAAAGGUUUCCUAGGGGCAAGGAGCUAUUUUUUGAAAAUUUCUCCGGGUGCAGAACUCAAAGCAAGGACAUCCUAGAUGAAGACAAUCAUCUUCUUGACUUUGUUAAACAGACUGAAAAUUGUGAUUCUAGUCAGCUGCCUUUUAGUUCAGAUCCAUGUCCGCUGCUACCAGUUCCUUUGCUCGGUACCCGUUUUCAAGAUGUUGAUCCUUAUAUUGCUGAAAAUGGGAUUGAAACCUCCGUUAAAGAUGAAAUUGGUGUCACGUAUAAUUUUGGAAAACAUAAUCUCCUGGGUCCUGCCCUACACAAUUUGGGAAAAGAGGAUUGCUUGUUCCGAAGUUCUGCAAAGUUCGAUCUCAAUUUUAAUGCUUGUUCUGUGGAGGAUAUGGGCAGAAUAGGGGUUCAUGAUCCGCAGGACAUUUACAGUUCAGGUCCUUCUGAAUUCUAUUAUGAUGGAGGUGAUUUGUCACGUGUACAUUCUCAUGGUGAAGAAAAUCUUAAUAAUUAUUUGAUACCACGAGCUAUGCUCUCCUCUAGGGUGGAUGGAGACUCGCAUAAAUGGAUUGAUACAGGAAAUCAAGGUAUAACAGAUAAGCUAAGAAGGCACAGUGGAAGAAGUCAUUCAGCUCCUCCAUUUUACCAAGGCAAGAAGAAGUUCUUUUCCAUGAGUGAGUCUUUAAGAAAAGCAGCAGGAAAUAACAACCUUAAAACUGUUCAUGAUGUACCACUCAUGCCAGAAACUAGUGCUGCAAGGAGACUGCAACAUUCUGCAGAAGCUGUUAACUUGGAGCUUCCACAGCAGUCAUCCCGUCAAUGUGAUCAAUCUUCCAUCCCAAGUUGUGGUGAUGGUAUAUUCUCUAAUGUCAG